UAUAAAAUUGAUUGAGGAGGGAAUUUCCUGUACGACCGGAAGCAGAUGCGCGUGGUUGCCAGCGACAAGCGUCAACAUGGCUGACCCUAAAACGAAAGACUCCAAGAAAUUGGACGAAUUCAUCACCAAAGUAGAUGAAAUUGAGACUCUGGUGAAAACUCUUAAAUAUGGAGAAGAUGAUGAUGUCAAGAAAGCCAUGCAGAAAGCUGAUGAAAUCAUUGCCAAAAACCAAGCACAGCUGACUGAGAAACUGAGUCAGACAGAAGAGGAUGAAGAAGAGUCCAAGGAACCCCUGCCUGAAACAAAAACUGGCUUCAGUAAAACUGUUAUCAAUAAAUCAUCCUCAGCAUCUCAACCUCCAUCUUCUCCACAAUCAAUGGGUCCAGUGGACCAGCAAGGUUUCAUGGCAGCCAUGGAAGCAGAUGCAAGGGAGAGAGCAGAAAGGAGAAAGAUCGGAGAGAAGCAAGCUAACGAAUUAAAAGAGAAAGGAAAUGAGGAAUUUCGGAAAGGAAACUAUGAGAAAGCACUGGAACUGUACACGGAAGGGCUGUCUCAUCUUAAAGAUCAUCUUGCCUUGUGGACAAAUAAAGCGCAGACAAAUAUUAAGUUAUGUAGAUUCGAGGACGCUCUGGUAGACUGUGAUUGGGCAAUCAGAGUUUUUCAAAACAGCAUGAAAGCACAUGUUCUUAUGGGAAAAGCAUAUAUGGGACUAAAUAAGUAUGAAGAGGCAAGAAAGGCUUACAAGAAAGCUCUUGAAUGUGAACCUAGUAAACAGAAUCUUAUCAAUGAUUAUUUGGCAGAAGUUGACAGAGCAGAAAGAUCCCAUCAAGAAGAGGAAAAGGCAAAGGAGGCCUUCCAAGCAGGGGAAAAAGGCCCAGUAGCUUUGCUCCAACAACUGCAGAAAAAAGACCAACUUCCCAUUUAUUACAGUGGAGGGUUUCAAGUCUUGAAAAAUUUCCUGAAAAACAAUGAACAGAAAACUCUUUUCAGAACCGAAGGGGGAUUCCAAAUAAUUACUGAUCAUCCAUGUUUCUCUAAAUGUUUCUCUGCUUCUCCAAGAAGUUUAUCCAAAGAAGAACUUGAUAUGUUGAACUCUGGAAUAAAUAUGUUUGCUUUGGCUUGUGAGGAGAAUGAAAAAAAUCAGGAGGUUCUCUUGUUAACAGAAGGACUGCCAGAGAAACUUAUGAGGUUCAUGGAGGUAAAAAUCAAAGGGCCGGGUCGUGUUCUGAAAUCCAGCUGUGUGAAGAUACUUCAUGCAGUAACUAUAUCUGUUGUUGGAAGGUCAAUGGUUCUUCAAAGAUUUGACAUUCCAAGAUUAUUAACCAUUGUGUUCAAUUUGAUUCGUGUAAAUGAUGAUGCUGCAUUAACUGCAGGAUGUGUUCUGAACAGUCUUGCACUUGACAACAAGUUUAAGCAACAGUUGAGGGACAAUAUUGAAAUUGAUGUCCUGCCAGCGUUUGAAAAUGUUCUGAAAGACGCAUCCAGUAACCAAGCAGUUUUACCUACCUGUGUCUCAACAAUUACCAACCUCUCAAAUGACGUGGUCAUUAGAAAAAAGUUGACAGACAGGAAGGAGCUGUGGAAAAUUCUUGUGGAUGCUGUGUUUAACCAUAAAGAAAAAUUACCUCAGCCCCUUAGUGUUGAGCUUGUUGAAGCAUGUUUGGGUCUCAUGUUUAACUUGACCCAUGAACAGACUAGCGUGACAUUUAAAGAGUUCAGCCUUCCCAUUUGCAAGCAAUGUUUGAUGAUUUGUCAGUCUUUGAAGCACUUUAAACUGAUGGUGUCUCGCAGUCUUGGUAUCUUAAGCCAUGUUCUUCCAUCUUCCAUCCCAUCAGUUGACUGGUUUUGUGACAAUGGAGGAGUUGAGGUUCUUAUGUUCAUUUUGAAGAAUGAUGAAUCCAUCAACAGAAAAUAUGCCCUGAAGGCUCUCACAGGCUGCACGCAGAUUAAUGACCACGCCCGUGUCUUCAUUGUGGACCACAAAGGACUUGGAACACUCAUGAAACAGCUCAAAAGUGAGGAUGAAACGGUGGUUGGAAAUGCUGCACUUUGUCUCAGCCAUUGCACUCAGAUCCCCAAGGUCUGUGCAGCUCUGUCUAAGACAGACAUCAUCAAGGAUCUUCUUGUUCUGGCCAGGGAUGGAAAGAAAUCCGGACUCCAACAGAACUGUGCCAUUCUAAUAGCCAAGCUUGCUCAAGGUGACCAGAGAAACUUAGAGAGACUAAGAGAACUUCAUGGUGUUGAUAUUUUACACGACUGUAUGAAAUAUUUAAAGUAAAAGUUUUUGUGACAAAGGUGCUGAAUUUCUGGUCAGUACCAGUAUAUGGUUUCCAUUUUUUUCAUUACUCUAACAUUUCAUUAUAUACUGUGUGCAUGCAGUCUAUUUUUGUGAUUUCUCUAUGAUAUGUAUUGACAGAUUAAAUGAAAUGAAUACACAUA